UUGGUUUGCGGCCACGCGAAUCUUAAUUGAGUGACAGAAGGAAACCAAAUUAAAGCGGAAAAAAUAAGUGAACACACAAAAUAAAUUAAAUAUAUACAUUCGCCCAUAUACAUGUAUGUAUAUAUUUAUGUUGGUUUGAAUAAAUAAAGCAGCAGCCAUGGGAAUAAUGCCGCUCAAACGGGUACUGGCCGCCAUCGCCAUCGCCAUCUGUUGCCUCUUGGCCACUUCCUGCAGCGCCGGGGACAUCGAGGCCAUUUCCAGCAAGGCCGCGGACAAGGUCGAGGCCAUCCCCAUCCCCAUACCCACCUCCACCACCAGCACCAGCACCAAGCUGACCCCCACCAUCGCGGAGGACUCCAAGAGCAGGACGGAGAAGCGCGACUCAUCGGAUCAGACAGGUGGUCCGUACUUGAGCCUAUCGAGCAAAGACCCGCCGUUCCGACCGUAUUACCCAGCCGGCAGCCACUUUGAGGCGGAGACGCCCACGCCCAUCUUCGGACCCACCACGCUGCGCUACACGGCGGCGGAGGCGGCACCAGCGGCACCACAGCCACAGGCAUUCUACGGGCAGAAGGCGCCACCGCAGCACCACCGCUUCAGCUUUGCAGUGCCGCCGCAAGUGGAAUCCUAUCAGCGACAAGUCGCGUUUAAGCCAGCUGCCCCCUCGACGCAGCCACAUCAGCAUUCGCAUUCGCAUUCGCAUUCGCAUCCGCAUCAGCAUCAGCAGCCGAUUUUCAACUACGGCGAACUUGAGCCGGAGGCGAGGGCCACCGCACCACUGACCCACCAGCAGCUGCAGCAGCAGCAGCAGCAGCAGCACCUCCCACAGCACCACCUUAGCCAGCAGGCGAAGUACCUGCAGCAGCCGCAGCAAAAGUUGCAGCAGCGCAUCCAGUACAUAAUCGCCAUACCUCUAUCCUACAUGCGGCAGUUGCAGCAGCAGCAGCAACAGCUCCAACAGCAGCAGCAGCAGCAUCAGUUGAUCUUGGGUCCGGCGCCCACCAGUAGUAGUAGUAGUAGCAGCACCAGCACCAGCACUAGCACUAGCACCACCAGCACGGCACCACCGUCAGCAAGCCCGGCAAACGGUAGGCAUCCGUUGGUGCAGCUGCUGGGUCCGCUGGCCCGCGACCAUCAGGGUCAGUACAAGCCCUACUACCAGUCGGAUGCAGCCAGUGCACCACUGGCGGGACCCGGUGCACCGCUGAUCCACCAGCCGUACUUGCAAAUACCCACCAGCCUGCUGAUGGCCGCCGCCCAGCAGCUGCAGCAGCACCACCAGCUCCAGCAGCAGCAGCAGCAACAACAACAGGCUGUUUACGCCAAAGUGGCAGCCCCACCUGCACCACCGGCACCAGCCAGCUACCAGCCCGCCCAACUGAUCUACCAGCCGCAGGCACAGGCGCACCACCACCAGCCGCAGAUCCAACUGCAGCUGCAGCGGAUCUUCCUGCAACCACCGCAGCCUCAGCAAUCCACCAUCUACGCCGAGCAACCAGCUCCACUUUAUGCGUAUCCGCUGCAGCAGCAACACCACCAGCAGUACCAGAAGCCGCACCAGCAACAGCCCCUGAAACAGGCGCAUCAGUCGCAGCAGCAACACAAAUACACGCCUGCAGCGCCGACAUCUCCGACAGCAUUGACAACAUCAACAACGAGCACCGCAGCAACAUCAGCUGCAGCAGCAACAGCAGCGGCAACAGGAACACCACAGGCUGCAGCAGCAGCAGCAAUAGCGACACGACAGCAACACUUGCCCCUGGUGCACUACAAUCCCAUUUACGUGCAGGCACCCGCCGAGCAGCAGCAUCAGCAGCAGCAUCAAUUUGCCAUAUUGCCACGUUUUAGCAAUGGUAACCCCAAGGCCGUUUACAGCCUGGCCCACGAGUCAGCGGGAGCGGGGCCAGGAACGGGAAUAGGAGCGGGAGCGGGAGCGGGAGCGGCAGCGGGUCCCAUUCACGUGGUCAGAUUGUCGGCGGCAAAUGGGCCGCCGAUCCAUCACUACCACCACUACCAGCCGGCGCCUAUGCUGCAGCCGCUCUAUGGCCAUGCCCCGCAGCAGUAUGUGUCGUCCUAUGCGGCCGGCGACGAAGUGCAAGGUCCCAAGUCGCAGGUACCCGUUUCCGGUUCCGGUUCGAGCUCCGGCUCCCUUUUGGCCGGACCCACGCCAUCGCCCCUCAUGACCGCGGCCUCGCCGGCCAUUAUACCAUACUUCAGCCAUCCGGGCGCCGUGCAUUAUGGCACGCAUUUGUACCAUCCGGGCGCAGCAACAGCAUUGGGUGCAACAGCAUCGGCCACAUCAGCAGUAGCAUCAGCAGCAGCAGCAUCCGCAGCUGGGCCCAGAGCAGCGGGACCAAAGCAACAGUCGACCGCAACAAGUGGGGGACAGCUGCCAGGUGACAGCAACAAUAUUGUGAAAUAUCCCUAAGGCGAUCAAAGCAACAAUGACAGCGGCAGCAGCAGCAGCACAAUCGCCACCAGGAGCAACAUCACCACCCAUCACCCAUCACCCAUCACCCAUCGCCAUCGGCGAGGAUGGAGCUAAGCUUUAAGCUCGGUUUCAGGACCCGGCAACUGGAGCAGCCAGGACCUUCCACUCCGCCCGGCGACCUGUGUUCGGAUUUCCCAUUUGUUAUACGCUCUUGCUGCUCCUGUUUUCGGUGCGCUGUACGCUAAUUACGUAUUUUACUCGAUUUCAAAAACCCCCUUUGGAGCCCAAGCUCCUCCCUGUUGUUAUGCAAAUGCGGUGCCUUGGCGUUUGCUUUUCCAACUUUUAAUGAGUUCGCCCGUACUCGACGGGUUUUGCGCUCGUUCGGUUUUUGUGUAAAUAUUUAAGAAAUUUUCCAAUAGACUCGCCAAAUAAAUAUUUGCCUAAGCCUACAUAUACGUAUGUACGUCUCCGCUGUUUUAGCCUAAGAACUCGUUAUUUGUAUGUUAAUAUUAACAAUUAUACUCACAAUUAAACUCAUUCUAUAA